CCAGCAUUAAUUUCUCAGUUUCUGAUAUUCUAGUUGUAAUAUCUGCGUAGUGAUGGGCAUCAAGUCACUAGCGACUGAGACUAAAAAUCAAUAAAACUCGAAUCACGUUAGGUGGUUCCAGCAUGAAUCUGAUUACAUCAGUUUUAUGAACCCUUCAUGAUUGGUUGAGCCCUGAGCGAAAGCACAUGUAUUCUUUAAUCGUCGUUCGGUCGCUCCUGAAAAAAAGAAAGGAUGGGAUGCAGCAUUCUGCGACAUAUCUACCUCAGGCAAUGUGUUUGAUGGCCUGAUCGUUCCUGCCCUCGCACUAGCAGAGACCAAAGAAACUCGAGGCGUUGCCUGACUUGACCCGGACAAGGGGUCCCUAGUGGAGCAUUAAUUAUUCUGCCCGGGGCGGAGACAUUGCCCGUCACGCCACACGCUCCCCUGAAUAAUAAUUUAGUGCCGCGACCCUCCGAUCAAGAUUUGUCGUCGCCUUCCUGUUUGUCUGCAUUCUCUCAUCCAUCUCACCCAUACACCUUUUCUCAGAUAUCGUAUCGUACGCUACAACUGACUCGACCCAAUUUCGCAACCCUCAAAACACUCGCAAAGAUGCCAGGACGGGUCCUGCCGACUUUCACACCUGCCCAGGUUGAAUUGCAUAACAACGCCAAAUCGUGCUACAUCACGAUCGGCCGCAAUGUCUACGAUGUCACAGAGUUUGUGGAGGACCAUCCGGGUGGUGGUGACUUGAUUUUGGAUUACGCGGGCAAGGAUGUCGCCGAGAUUAUGAAGGAUGAAAUUUCUCACGAGCACUCUGAGGCCGCCUACGAGAUCUUGACCGACUACCACGUUGGAUUUAUUUCCUCGGAUGCAACCGGAAAGGCAAAGGCAUCUGGUGUCGAUUCAGAGGGGGCGGUUUCUGAGCCCGUCUACGAGAGCACCGGCAUGUCCCGGGAAGAGGAUCUGUCAAUCGACACGGAUUAUACUCAGGACUACAAGACACACAAGUUCCUGGAUCUGAACAAGCCACUUUUCGCUCAGCUUUGGUACAGCAACUUCUCCAAGGAGUUUUACCUUGAGCAAAUCCACCGCCCUCGACACUACAGAGGAGGAGACUCUGCCCCACUCUUUGGCAAUUUUCUCGAGCCCCUCAGCAAGACAGCCUGGUAUGUGGUGCCUAUGAUCUGGCUGCCGCUGGUCUUCUAUGGGACUGUGAUUGGAGCGCAGGGUCUAGGAGACCCUACCGUGGCUGCCGCAUACUGGAUCGGCGGUGUUUGUCUUUGGACUCUGAUCGAGUACCUCAUGCAUCGCUUCCUGUUCCAUGUCGAUAACUGGCUCCCGGAUAACCGAGUCGGUCUGACCCUGCACUUCCUCCUCCACGGCAUUCACCACUACCUGCCCAUGGACCGCUAUCGACUGGUUAUGCCCCCAACAUUGUUCGUGAUUCUGGCAGCUCCUUUCUGGAAGCUUGCACAUGCCGUGUUCUUCUACAACUGGUUUGCGGCUGUACAGGUAUUCUGUGGUGGUGUCUUCGGCUAUAUUUGCUAUGAUUUGACUCACUAUUUCCUCCACCACCGCAACCUUCCUCUGUAUUACAAGGAGCUGAAGAAGUAUCACCUUCAGCACCACUACGCUGACUUCGAGAACGGAUUUGGCGUGACCAGCCGAUUCUGGGAUCGGGUGUUUGGAACCGAGCUGGAGACUCCGGCUCCCAAAGGAGUGAAAGCUCAGUAAAAGCUCGUCCGUUCGCCUGACACUUCUACAACGGCUACUAGCUUUUGAAUUCACGAGUUUACGCUUGAGUCUCGCUUCUGGGUCUUUCCUAAUUCACCUGGGGCUUGUACAGUCAUGCUCCUUCAUGUCGGCAAUUGUGGCGUUCCGGAUCGAUACUUGUUCAUGACCCAGGCCAUUUUAGACAGCCUCUCUGGCUCCAAGAGAUGAGUCAAAGAGGAUGUCUGGUCGUCUUAUUGUACUACACGCCUCACUUACCACUUAUUAGUGUACAUGACUUAAUUUUAAUGAAAAUUUCCACAAGGAUCCAAUCCAAUCCUUCUGAAACUGGUCCUUAAUCAUGUAUUUACCUUAUUACCAUGUUCCCUCCAUUGAACUUUACUG